GCUCAAGUUUCCCACAAUUCGUAUUUCAAGCAGACGCUUCAAGAAUUUUUUGAGGUGUACGGCUGGAGAUGGAAACAAGGAGAAAACGAAACCCAUCUCAGUCGGAGUCUGGCCCAAAGUCCAAGAGACCCAAGAGAAGGAACGAAAUAUCGCUGUCGGAAAACAAGGACAAUCUCGGUGAAGAAAUAAAACAUGAGACGUACAAGGCUACUGAAGCAGAAAUCAAGGACAAAUUAGAUCAUACCAAGACCUCGGCAGACAAACCUGAAGAACCCUCUAAAGAUUCAGAUGACCUAACUUCUUCAAAAACAUCUAGAAACAAACGCUCCCCAAACUUGAAGACUGUUUACUCAGAGAGACUGGGUAACAGAGAUGAGGAAUCUGUUUACUCUGAGAGACUGGGUAACAGAGAUGAGGAAUCUGUUUACUCUGAGAGACUGGGUAACAGAGAUGAGGAAUCUGUUUACUCUGAGAGACUGGGUAACAGAGAUGAGGAAUCUUUGGUUGCUGCUCAGUCAAUGACAAGCUUGGCUAAUGGAAGCAAUGCAGAAGUCUCAUCAGCAACAGAGAGAAGUCCAGGCUGUCUGAGCCAGGAGACUGAGGCUUGUGUGCAGGAAAAGGAAAGGGACAGUCCAAAGAUACUGUACCGGGAGGACCCCACUGGCCAAGAUCUGAGUGGAGAAUCGGUCCCCAGUCAACAGGAGAUUCCAGAGCCACCACAUGCACCUACAGAAAUCGGAAGGAAGUGGAGCUCUGAGGGUCUGCCAAUAGAGGUGGUUCAGUCUGAGCCCCACUGGAAAAGUCACCCACCGAGCUACAACAGCUAUCCCAGCAAUGCCUUGCCUCCCGCCUCCAGCCUUCUAAAAGUUCCACGGAUGUAUGACAACAAUAUGAACUUACAACACAAUGGUGGCAGUUAUCCUAAUUCAGGGUCCGGGGCCAUGCCUACAUUCCCCAAUACACUUGGGCAGCCCAUACAGACAAUACCAACCCCCACCAGGAUGGGAGUCCACUACGAGACACCUCCUAUGCCCAUGACAGAUCCUCAUCUUUCAUAUCAAGGUCAAAUGAUGAACCAUCCUGAAUACUACAUAAUGCCUGACAAUGGUGCAGCCAUAUUGCCCUCUGGACCAGGAAACCCUGUUCAUAUAUUUAACAACUUUCCACCAGGGGAUCCUCAUUCCUACCCUGCAGCAAAUGUUGAAAUCCCGGAAUCUGUGGGUCAGUACCAGGAGCCAACUAACCCCAGAAGAACCCGGUCCUCCAAAGUCAAGUCCCCGCAUGAUUAUUUCAACGUUGUUAAAAACUAUGUGUACGGUCCAAGGGAGGAGUAUAUUGUGGCUGCCCAGGACAUGUAUGGUAAGCCAGAGGACAAGGACAACUUCUACAUGGCCAUUUCUCCCGAGAUCAAUCCAGCAGAAGUCAGAUCUAUAGACCACAAAGGUCUCGUCUCCAAGUACAUCGACUAUCUCCUGAUUGAGAACGAGCACAUCACAGAGAUGUCAAAGUCUGUCUCCAUCCCCAUUGAGAACUGUGUGAUGGACGACCCGUACUUGAUGGACAUUGUGCGGGUCAAGAUUCCCUUUCCUACCCCCAAGUACCUGCAGUGGCUGAGUGCCUACUACCCGUCCAUACAGGUCGACUGGCCGGCCAUCAGGAAAGAACUGGCCACCUUUAAUGGAGUGGGUGGAAGGAAACCCAAGAGGACCUACUUCAUGGACCGACGUCCCUGUCACAUCCUCCUUGGGGAAUCCUUCUACUUCUUCCAGAGAGAGAAAGACAAGCAAGUUAAAUAAAUCUUCCAGUAUGGAUUUUUAUUGCAUGGAACAUUUUGAUUUAUUGAUUUUCUCCAAGAGAUUUUUAUUAUUAAGUUCUGUUUUUCAUGAGUUCAUGCCAGCUUUCUCUGUU